UCAUAUAUUGCAGAUGAGAGAGUAGGACUAGUAAAGCUCGCUGAAGGGGCGGAGCUCUACCUCUGCCCUUCUCAAGGGAAGGCAGCUCAGAUACUCACUGAAUACCUGCCAAAGGAGCACUCGGGCAUUCAAACCAUGACCGGAGUAUCUGUUAUUGGUGUCUUUGUGUGGCGUAGGCCCCGCAUUCCUACUGAAACACCCACAAGGUGUGACGGUUCCAAGAGGCAGCCUAUGUCAAUCUCAAGGAAGCAGCAGGCCGUGCUUUCAAGUUCAGUGCCGAUGCCUUCCCAACUUACCAGACCUCCUGCCUCUCAUUUUGGCUACUCCAACGAGCACCCUUGCCUUGAGGAUGAUGCAACUGGGAACGUUCCUCUGUGCUUUGGCUACGGUGUCAUCAAGGAUGAAAAUGACCUUCCUGAAUAUGAUUUUGCUAGCGUCUCAGACGGAACCCCCAAUGUUGCAACACCACAUCACUACCGGAGGCAGCAGCACGGGCACCCUUUUCCUCCCCCGGCUGACCUGGUCAGGCGACUAGUUCGCAAGUAUGGCAGCAUGUAUGCUUCAGCGCAGCCCUGGGAAAGUUAUGGCGACUUACCAGAGUGGCAUCCAAGCCAAAAUGGUCACUGGUACAACGCAAUGCAGCAGCGGCAGCAUGUAAUGGUAUCUCCGCAGCUGUCAAGCCCCGUACCCCAUGUUUACGAUGUGCAUGAGCACCACGCCAUGGCCAUGCAUCAGCCCAGGGAUCACCAGCACAUGUUCCACCCCGCUGAAGCUCAAUCUUGGCGGCCUGGCUGGCAGUGGCAGGACCCUGAUCUGCAUGAACAACAUGCCAAGGCCAUGCAGCAGCCCUGGAAUCACCAGCACAUGUUCCACCCUGCUGAAGCUCAAUCUCGACGGCCUGGCUGGUAGUGGCAGGACCCUGAGCAGGAGACCUGGUUUGGUGGGGAGCCGACUUGGCUGGGAGGAGCGAGGGAGCCAUGGCAUGGACGCUGGAGUCCAUACUAGCAGGUAGCCGAGCGUCUCUGGUCCGAUCUUGCUCCGAAGUCUGAAUGGAAGGAUGUCUGUAUGGGUCAUGUUACUAGUAUGUAGUAUAUGCCAGAAGUAGGCUAUCAGCUGUGCCUGUUAAUUACAGUCUUAGUUUAUGCUUGGGCUUAGGAAUUGCUGGACGCAAAUGGUGCUGUAACUAACUUUUUCAGCGGCAAGGAUGUCGACGCAGGAUCCAGUGUCCUGUGAUCUGACGUGACUUGAAA